UCUCUGGUUUCUGGAUCUUCUUUAAAUAUGCGGCCCAAGGCCCCAUGGCAGCUUACCACUCUCGAGUUUGUAUGUACGGAGUAUGAGGACGUGAUUCAACCACGACAGCAUGGCACAAAAUUCACCUGGUGAUCUCGACGGGCUUUCAAGCUCGGAUCCGGCUGCAAGCGAGGGAAAUUGGUCGGUCCAAGUCCAACUCGACGCUUCGAGCGAUAGAGGACGAAGCAUCAGAAGACGGGGCCGGGGCCGUUCACCAUCGACACGGCCCUCAGCGUCCGGGACCCCAGAGCAGUCUCUGUCACGGCAAGCAACGACCAAUUCUUUCGCCUCAAUCCGUUCAUCGCAACCUUCGUCGCAGCCAUCCCAGAAUGAACCAACGCCUGCCGAAGACCUCCUGAGGGACCUCAUUGCUGUUACCGAGGUGAUCAACAGUGCACUCAACGGUGCCCUCCACGGCGUGAAACGGCCGCAUGACGACAAGGCGGACGACGAGCCCCUUGCGAAGCGCGAUAAACUCGGCGAAGAGCUGGAGCGCAUGGCAGCAUCGCAUCCGGCCGAGGUUGCCGCCUCGGCGCUACCUGGAUCUCCAGGCUUUUCCACAUCGGCAGCCGCAGCGUACAAUGGUGCGGCCAACAAUGGCCCAGCGGCUAUUCAAAGCGAUCUUCGCCUCCCACCUCGGACCCGGAACGCACUUCCUGCCAGAGCUCGUAGGCGACGGCGGCCCGGCCUGGGCAAUGGGACAGCCACGGUGCUUGGAGGAAUCCCAGAAAGCGAUGAGCCAGUCAGCCCCGGUGAUGACGGGUCGGAACACUCCUCUGGCGGCCAGGGGGCUUGAUGACCUUGCUUGGGUAUUUGACUGUUCGGAUGUUGCGACUUUGGCUGC